UAUCAAUGAGGUGUGUAUUAAACAGCAGCUUAUUAAAAAGUAAUGUGCAGCUCAGCUGCAAGUGUGUGAAAUAAGCAAAUGCUCAACAAAACUGCUAAGUGCAGCACGUGCUGAACACCAGUGGUAGCUCUUGGCUGUAGUGGAGUCACCUCUUGCCAGUGCAGCUCUUCUCCCUCUCAUGUGGCUGAAUGAGGGUCGGAGGAAUUGGAGGUGCCCUUCCCAGUGAGAAUGUGCUGAAGGAGCGCGUUGGCUGAUUCACUGCCUUGCCCCACCUCUCAGGUCACACAGGGAAUCCACUGGUGGAUGCACUUGCACAAGUUUGCUUCCUGGUGGCUCUCAGGAUCAGUGGUUGCUCAAAUUCCUCCUGCUGCUGCUAUUCUUGGUUCCUUCUAAAGCUUCUGUUCUUCACUGAGCAAAUCUCUCAUCCCACUCUCUCUCCUUCCUUACCCACUCCACUGUCACAGAUACAAUUCAGGGUGCAGGCUCAGCUUGCAUUCAGAGUUAUCAUUUGUUUUCUGCAGCAGCAGGUCUCCAGCCUUUUUUCUUUUUCCAUGCUGAUUUUGAGCUCUCACCACCCUCAGUCCAGCACAGACUGACAGUCUCAGAAAGGCCAUGGGGAAAAUAGCAGUGUGCUCUUUCUUGUAUGCAGAGAAAGGUUUCUUGCCUUUAAUGCUUCAUGUCACAGUCAGGCCACAAGUCUGAUACUUUUAUCUACUUGGUAUGCUUUUAUUUCAUCUCUCCACAUUCUCCUCCUCAAAGAGGGAGAAAAGACUGAAGUGAAUCAGUGAUAACUGCAGCUGUUCCUGCUGGAACAGCCAUAAUGCUGUAUACCUCCAAGUACUUGACCACUUGUCACUAUCAAGCCUCUUCAGCUUAAGGCCAUAAAAUAGGAAUUAGCUAGUUGAAUUAUUUCAAACUAACCUUCUGUUUGCAGUGCAGUAAUAUGGUGGCUGAUUUUUAGAAGUACAGGGGUGGUCAGAAGAUUUAACUGAAAGGUAAACUGAGAUGUGCAUUUGUAUCUCAUUAGUUACUGUGUGGUAGCUGCUUUGUGUGCGUGCUGUCAGCCUUUUGCCCUUAAAUUCACUGUGAAGCAAACUGCCUUGUGCUGACAGGGCUCAGGCCGUGCAGGUAAGCAGCAGAGAUGGGGCACAAGGGAAUGGAAUUACAGUGCAGUAACUGGGUAGCUAAAAGAUGGAUGGUGCCCCUCUUGCAGUCCUGAGCUAUGGUCUGCAAGGCUGGGAUUGAAUGUUUCAAGGAACAGAGCUCUGAGCAAUGUCUGUGAUACAUUCUCUCCAUCCUGGUGUGUGCUGGUGUUCACAGGCUUUCCUCUUCCAGGGAAAUGUGAUUCCUGUCCCUGCUCUGGUAGAGGUGUGUCAGUAUUGGCACUGGCAUGGCUUAGCCUGUGUUGUUUCGUUGGGUGGGGUGGGGGAAAGGGGAGAGGAGAUAGAACAGGGUAAUUGGAUUCAGGGAUGAUUGUGCUGCUGUGCUGAGUUUUACUGGAUGAAGCAGCUUGUUGCGAUAGGUGUUUGUUUCAGCUGCUGUCUGCAGGUGUGACUUGGCUAGAUAAGGAUGGUCUAUCACCUUGAUGAUUUCAUUGUUUGAUUUGGCUGGACUGGGUGGAGAAUGUAGCUGCAUUGUUUGGGACUAGCUUUGUAGUUUGGUUUUGUGAAGUGGAUUACAUGGCAGCACAUUGCUACAUUAUUAAGGUGAAGCUGCAGGAGAUAAUAGUUGGAGAAUGUUGGAGGGAAGAGAAUCUGCACAGGCUUUCACAAUGCAUAACUAGUUGAGCCUCCAGCUCCUGGGUUUCUGUCAGGAGAUCUGGUCAGCAGAAUGCAUUGGGAUUGCACAGAAAAAUUUCGGUGGUGAUUUCAGUUUGCAGUUGUACUUUAACUGCAAGGCUGUCCAUGCUGUGUAAAUAGCUGAGAGUGCUCUGAGGUAGCACGCUGGCCCUGACAGCAUGAGUGUUGUCUGGAUUCAUACUGUCUUGCAGCCUCUACAGUUUUCACAGUGGGUGAGGGAGAAGCUGGCAGGUCACUGCUGGUUUUUUUGCUAACCUCAAAUUUAGCAGUAAGCUGCUCUUCAGAGCCUGUGUUUCCUUGUAUUGCUGAACGUUCAGGCACUUAAACUUGCUUUGGAUUCUCCUCCUCCUGUAGGGUAUGCAGUGAUGUGAAGUAGGAGCUGCCAGAGCAGUAGAUAGUGCUUCCUCCUUCUAAAACCUGCCUGGUUUUCCCCUAGAUGUGAUUGCCUGGCUUUUCCUGAUAUUUGAUGUUUCUGUUUAUACAUUGUCUGGCUGUGGAGGAGGUUGCAUAUAUGAAGCACAAGGGUUUGGCAGGAGUUGCUGGGCACAUUGUGAGGGGAAGGUGAGCCUUUGAAGAGAGGUGGGUGCAGAGAAGGGAAGAUGACAUGCCCAAGCUUUGUGCCAGCUUCUCUAAGCACAGAUGAGCUCAUGGGAAUCCAGCUGGCUAAACUUGGGAGUUUAUUUCCCUAUUUCCCCUCCAUGGGCAGCUGUGUCUUCCAGUGGAUCUUCAAUGUCUUCCAGUCUGGUGGUGGCUUCUUGGGUGCUGAUAAAUCUUUCCAGGCUGAGCAGAGGCUUCCCCUUGGUGGUUCAGAGCAGCUUUUGAUUUCUCUGCUUCUGUGGUUGAGUGCAUGGAAGGGGUGUACAGCUUAUCUGUGAGUUCUUGUUGGUGAAACCUUUUCUCUCCUUUUUCCAGGUGACUGUUUUUUGUGAGACAAGUGGUUUGCAACUCAUGGCCUCCACGAUGAGUACUGCAGUGUCGUGACACCAGGGGUCUUGUGUGCCCUGGAGAUGCGAGACUUCCCCUGGGCAGCAGGAGGCACGCAUCUAGAGAAUGCUGGAGCUGCAGGAGGGAAGUGGCCAGUGCAAAAGCAGCGAGGAGCCAAGAGAAAAAAGGCAAGCAGGCAGCCAGCACUGAGAGGAGCGGGCGGCAGGAAGCGCUUCGACGCUGCCUCUGGCGGCACACGCUCCCCGGAGGAACUUGACGAGAGCCCAUCUGCGUGUGUGUGA